AUGUCCGCCCUCAAAAGCAACUUGACUUCGGAGCGGAAUUCGGUAAACAGCCAGACAGACGGCGCACCUCACUCUAUACCGGCGACAGAGUACUCGACGGCGUGGGCAUGCUCAUGGACUGACACAGAGUUUGGUAUAUUGACCGAUGCAGAUUUGCAUUGCCUAGCACACGUCAACUGCUCGUAUCUCUCCUCAGGAAGACCACCGACAUUGUUGGCUUUGAAGCAGCAUGCGCAGGCUCUUACGAAUCUCAUCAGGAUGCUAUGUCUUAGCAACACAUUUGGGAUCGUUGAUGGAGGGGAAAAACGACAGCCAGUUUUUGAGAAGAAUGAAGCACUUGACUGGCUAAAAGAUCUUGAUAAACCCUACACAAACGAUGACGAAAGUCACCAUUUGCCUCUAUGGGCUCUAGCAAACCAGAUUGAAGGUGAAAAUGAGGAGACAGGAAUCGAAUGCCACUGUCCCAUCAAAAUCGCACGAAAUUUCGGACCUUUGGAAGAGGGUAAAAGCACACGCCGACCAUACAGCAGCCACCAUAACCUGGUAAUGCAUGCAAAUGCUUGUCUCGAAAUCCUGGACCACGAAUACAGCGCAACAGGAGGCCUUCUUUCGCUGCUCCCAUCAGGGAGUGAAGAGGACAGCGAGCAAAUGCAGGGCGUCCGAAACACUGUACUGGGACAAUGGCUACUUCAUCAACAGCACUUGAUUGCGCGUAUGCACGAGCUCGAGAUCAACUAUGCAAACGCCCUCGACCUCCUCAACGGCGAGGCCGUGGUACCCAUGCAGAUGCUUGGACGCUUUGGCCCUGAUGGACGGUCCAAAGGCCGCGAACUGGCCUAUCCCCAAGACCGCUUUGUCCUCGCCAACUCCGGCGACGACGUCUUUGACCUAGUGCAUCGCUUGAUGGAUAAAGCGGAAUCGAAGAUUCAGGAGAAGGAGCAGAUAUGGUGGGAGUCUGGAGUGAGUGGCGAGCGCAUGUGGAUGAAGGAUCGAGGAGGCGAUUGGUAUUCCCGUGGCUUGGUCCCCGUCGAUCUCAUGACACGAUUUGUCCGCCUCAAGGACCAUGGAGACAGGUCCACCAUCUUCGUGUUGCCCGCGAUCGAGCAGCAUCCCGCCACUGCACAGACGCGCAAGAUGGAGAGUCGACCAACAGUGGUAUCAGUGGUGGCGCCAUCGUGGCCAGAGCGAACCUCUGAUAUAGAGCAGCGUGCCAAUGCUCAGAUCGAACGGAUGAAGGAGCUGGAGGAAGCCAAUCGUGCACUAAUGAGAGACAAGAUGGAGAUGGAGGAGCAGAUGGCCACGCUUUUGGCCGAUUUGCGCAGGACAAGACACGAAGUCAAAUUCUAUGAGGGCACAUCGGAGGAUGGAACGAGAGCUGAAAUCAUAGCUGAGAUGGCCGCCAUGAAGCGCCAGAUGGCCAAGCUGAGAGAGGCGCUCCCACAAGAGUAUCACCAACUCCUGGAGGCUGAAGACUGA